CAGGUGUCUAAUCAAGAUAUAGAAACAAGUGGCUCGCAUAUACAAUUUGUAUCUCAACUUGUUGUGUUUAUAAUAUUUGUGUCAGACGUUUUUAAUAUUAAAAAAAAAAACAUGGGAAUGAUAUCGAGAGUGCGCGGCCGUAUUAGAAGUGAUUCCUUCUCGAAAUUUCCACUCAUCAAAUCUGAGGAUAAAAUUGCUAACAUUGUCUGGCUGCUUUCACUCGUGCUGUUGCUGCCUUACUGGGCACCACGGGGUUUGCUGUUGGCGUUGGGGGGAGCUUGGCUGAUGGCCGCAUAUACUUGCUUGGUGCUGCCAGUGCUCAUAUCUGCUAACUACCGGUACCCCGCCAGAUGGUACCCUUCAGUCGUCAAGUUUGCACAAGAAUCAGCACGACGUAUGCGUGCCCCAGUGAGGAAAGUAUUGCGAGUAGUGAAAGCUGCAUACGCUCCGCUAGAUCGCGUCGAAAAGUUUUUCCUACAAAUGAAUAACUUAUCCACUAUGCUGUCUCAGUUGCUAAUAUUCACCGCUUGUGAUCGUCUUUUGGUCUCGCAAGGCAGACUGACGUCGCUGUACUCGCUGAUGUUCUAUAAUGUGGUAACAUACUCCGUUAGUUACGUGCGUGAAAUUUGUACCAAAGAAGACUGGUCCCCUUACGUGAACGUGACUCGCCACUCACGUGUCAAACACCUCGCCAUGUCAGCCACCAAGAUAGUCCUCGAGUGGACUAAAGCGGUCACUUUUAUAGUAACCAUCACCUUUAUUCUCCUCACACUCGGACUAGAACAAGGUUUGGAGCAUUACAGACCUAAUGCUUUAUACACAAUAAUCACUGGCAUUUAUUACUUUCUCUCUGAGAAAACAUUCCUAGAACUAGGGCCAGUAGGGUUGGCAGGUCUUAAACUGGAAAGGUUAGAGGGUAUGGAGGCGAUUUAUUUUGGAGUUUGGGCUCGUGGGAUUACGACAGCGCUUGCGGUGCCCUUGGUGCCAGCGCUGGCGUGGUAUGAGCGAUGGCGAAUGGCCACGCUAGUACUCUACUUAUGCGUUUUUGUCCAUGGGCGACAUCGCUUGGGAGAAGCGCUUUUGAAAUUAAAAGAGGCGCGGGGAUCACUUGCACGUUUCAGACGCGCGACGCCAGAAGAACUCGCCACACUUGAAGACGUAUGCGCUGUCUGUCUUGGCACAAUGCGAUCGGCACGUGUCACGCCAUGCGCACACUUCUUCCACGCAGAUUGCCUAAGAAGGUGUUUGGCAGCAUCUGACAGAUGCCCCAUUUGUGUCAGGCCUUAUGUCUUCUGCUGACACAUUUAAGGACUUUUUAUAUGGAAAAGACUGUUUACAAAGUAUUCAUCGACUUGAUAUCCAGAAUGAUUCAAGUUGAAAUAAAUUCUGUUGACUAACGAUAGAUUUUUAUAUGAACCUGAAAUUGUAUUUAGUAUAUAAUAUAGAAAUAAGUUGAAUAAUUUAUGUAGCUUAUAUUACGAAGAUAAGGACAGGCAGUACUAAUUAUAGCUUGUCCCGCGACACGAAGUGACUGGACGAUAUACACCAUUCUUAAC